AUGCUUCGAGGCAGUGUCCGCCAUUCUGGAGACGCCUAUUCCGCUCAUGCUCGAGAUCGUCGCGUAACCCUUGCGUUACGCAAUCAAAAAAGCUCUCGGGAACACACCGAUCCACAUGAUCGUGUGGAGAGCGUCUUUCCUCCUCCUCCACCUCCAUUAGAGGACUCUCGCGGUGGCCAGCGCUAUCUAGUUGAGCAGCUGUUGAACCACCGCGACGUGAACCGGACGUCGGACGAGUUACCUCGUCCGGUGGCGCGUGUCUAUCCCCCGUCCUGGGAUUCUUGGGAGCCCCGCUCCCAAUUGAUGGUUGACGUACUGGGUCUGGUCGAGCAGUACGACGCGACACAUCCUGUGCCGCAGAAGGACCGCCGGAGAAAGUCUUCCCGGCACGGUCGUAAAAAGGGAUUUCAGGUUGUCAAUCCCUUCGUACAUCUCAGUAGAGACACGUACGCGCCACCACGGGCUGGUAAGGAGACGAUGCAGCUUAUAGCGUGCACUUGUCGGGGUUCGCUUUUCAAACUUAUCACGAGCUUUGAUAAGUUUGUCGUUCCAAGCGUCACGACCUACAUCCUCGAGAUUAUGGAUGUGGGCGUUCCACGCCUGAAGUAG